AUGCCUUCUGUGGACCUUCCCGCGAAUGAGCAGCAGCUCGACGGCCAGUUCUUUGGUGGCAACGCGCAGGCCCGUCCUCGUCUGCUCGAACCCCUGAGAUACGCCGGCACGUUGGACAACUUCACGCACCAAGAGAUAACUCCCGUUAUUGGCCGGGAGUACGAAGGCCUUCAAGUGAGAGACCUGCUCAAAUGGGGCGAUGACAUGAUAAGGGACCUUGCCGUCACGAUCUCCGAACGGGGCGUGCCCGAAUCAUCUGGCCUCCAUGUGCAUCCCCUCACCGAAGAGGGCAGCGAACUCGGCGACCAGAUCUCCGUCAUCAGCAGUGAGAAGCAGAAGAAGGGGGGCGGCCUGACCCAUCAGCUCUCGGACGCGAGCAGGUUCGCUUCUGCGGGCUGGCACAGCGACAUCACCUUUGAGCCAGUGCCCUCGGACUAUGCGAUGCUCAAGAUCCACACGCUGCCGCCCACGGGAGGUGACACCCUCUGGGCCUCGGGCUACGAGGCUUACGACAGGCUGUCGCCGCCAAUGCAGAAAAUGCUCGAGGGCUUGACGGCCACGCAUGAUGCCAAAUUCUUCCUACAGGAGGCCGAACGGCUAGGCAACCCGUUGAGGAAGAGCACCAGGGGGAAUCCCCUGAAUCAGGGCGAUGGCCUAACAGCGGUGCACCCCGUCAUCCGCACAAAUCCCGUGACGGGCUGGAAGUCCGUUUACGUCAACCGAGGAUUCACCAAACGCAUCAACGGCGUCACCAAGGACGAGUCCGACGUGAUCCUCGGCUACCUCUUCAACUUGGUCACGCAGAAUCACGAUGCCCAGGUCCGCUUCAAGUGGCGCAAGAACGACCUGGCUAUCUGGGACAACAGGAGCAUGUGGCACUGCGCUACUUACGAUUACGUCGAGGCCCGUGCAGGUGAUAGAGGGGCCGGCCACAGCCGCGACGAUGGUCGACUAACAGGCUUUGGUCAGAUGUGGAAGCGAUGGUGUUUUGCACAACGACAGGCUAGGAGCUGGCAAGACAGUCUCGUCAACGAAGCCAUCAAGGACUUUUGGCAACCGCUGGGCGACUUCAACUAUGUCCUGAGUGUGUAUUCAUUUCUCGAAGGAGUGAGGAACCGUAACCUUCUGCCGCAUUUACGAAAAACGUACAUGGCCUGGAGGAUACCGGAGCAAGCCAGGUUCCAUGAGGGCUGUGGCCUCAGAGAUGAAGAGGACGGAUCCUCUAACAGGAACACAUCGAGCGACGACAUGUCUCGAGACGAUGAGUCCAGGGCCAUGGAAAGCAAAUAUCCGCUCACCACCCGUCAACACUUGGGCGUCGCCAGAAUCUGCGAUGACGUGGAUGGAAGGCUAGAGAGCCUCCAGAACCGGCUUGCCGAGUUCCAGAACCGUCGGCAAGCCUGCGUGAGGACGAGCAAGGAGGCUGGCCUCUCCAAUGCAGCCAUGGCGGAACGUCGAUGGAAUCUCACCGACGCUGCGAGAGAGUUCUCGAGCCUUGCAAAAACGGUGGCCAAACAACUCAGAGACUCACGAACCCGCCUGUGUGAGGCGCUCGGCCUGGAUCCCAAGCAGGUCCCUAGUGGCGACACCGCUUCGGCUCCAACCAUGACUGCCAUGAAGUAUGCAAAGGCUCCCGACAUUCCGAGCCGCUGCCGUGACGGACUGGUCCUUCGCCGGCGCUUCUGGCUGAAGAAGGCAUCCCUCCAAGCCAGCCGCAUCGCACUCAAGGCCAACCUCCACAUAACCGUGAUGCCUCGCAAGAUAGCGCUGAGGGUUCUUGAGAGGAUGAUGGCCAGAACGAUGGAGAUGGCCACCAUGGCCAGGGAGGCGGGUGACCACAAGGCAGAGGCCAUGAUGCACCGCUUGCACAACAAGAUCAGGAAGGUUUCCGAGAGGGCGAGCCAAGAAUUCACCGACGUGAAGCCCAAAAUGACACUGCUGGACUCAGAGACGUGGCCGGCAGUCCUCAACCCGCGAAAGGACAUGCAGGUGGAAGUACAUGGCCACACAUCAACACCUGUCGAGACGCUAAUAGACAUGCUGCUCUCCCCCCAGGGCCCAGUGAGCUCCCCGGGGGGCAGCCAGGGCGGAACUGGCAGCCGCCCGUCAGCUAACACCACUCCAACGACUUCCGAGCAUUCCCCUCCAGAGCGAGCGAGCGGGGACUGCCAGCCUCUGGCCACAUCGAGCUCAACAGUGGCAGUUCCCGAGGUCGAGGCGGACAAGACUUGA